UUGCAGACUGCGGACGACGGAAAGACCACCCCGGAAGUCAGGAAGCUACAGCCAGCUGAAGAGGGCCUGCAGGGAAAGGGGAAGCCUCUGGGAGGAUCAGGACUUCCCUCCGGGACCCAGCUGCCUCUACAGGCUCAAGAAGCCACCGGUGCAACCCAUCGUCUGGAUGAGGCCGCAUGAGAUGUGCCAGCGACCCAGGUUCCGUUCCGCAGGAUCCCAGAAGGCAGAAGUGGAGCCUGGUUCAGGUUUUGGCAUUUCGGUGACUGGAAAGAAAUUUUGGUCGAUGACAGGUUACCCACUUACAAAGGCAGGUUAAUUUAUUCUCAUUCUACAAACCCAACUGAGUUCUGGGUAGCUCUUUUGGAAAAGGCUUAUGCAAAAUUGUACGGCUGCUAUGAGAACAUUAGUAACGGUGGGUGUACAACGCGAGGACUGCAAGACCUGACGGGCGGCAUCGUCCAAAGCUUCGGACUCUCCAAUCAGGAGAGGUACCUCACGUACCAAGUUCUCAACUCAGCCAUACCCCGAUCUAGUCUACUUAUUGCUACCAUAUCAUCAUCACCUGGUGGAAAGGAGAAAGAAAGCAAGCUGCGUCAGCUAAGGCUUCGAAACGGCCUGAUGACCCAGACUGCCUACACCGUCUCAGGGCUAGCUCGAGUCAGAGGAGCCGGCGGCUCCGAAACCCCUCUCGUCAGGCUCAGGAAUCCUUCAGGUCGUGGUGAAUGGACUGGUCCGUGGUCAGAGAGGUCCUGGGAAUGGGAUUCACUCAAUGAGAGGGACAAGGAACUGUUGUCGAUCAGGGUCAGGAACGACGGAGAAUUUUGGAUGUCGUUUGAUGACUUUGCCAAGCAUUUCACACACCUCGACCUGGUACAUAUCGGGCCAGAUGAUUGGAUGUCGGAACCAGGACUCCAAGAUCGUCAGCCUUGGAGGGCCGUGCUGGCAAGGAGGAGGUGGCGCAGUGGAUAUAACGCUGGCGGAGGACCAAACUUCACAGAAACUACUGCAAUGAAUCCACAAUUUCACAUUCUGAUUCCAAGAUCGACAGGAAACAAGUGUCAUGUUGUCGUUUCCGUAACGCAGGACUACGACACCAAUCCUACCAGCCCCAGGCAGCUCUACGCUAUCGGGUUCGCAGUCUACGAAAAACCUCUGGACGUUACGAACCAUUCCAUUGCCCGAGAAGUUGUCACUUUCUUUACACUCCCUCCAGGAGAUUACAUCAUUGUACCUCAAACUAAUGUUCCAAACUGCGAUGGAAAAUUCCUACUCAGGAUUCUAACCGAUGAACAAAGCAACAUCUGGGAAGUGAAUGAAGAUAACAUGGUAUUCAGAAAUAUUUCAACCGAGUUUCUUGAAGAUGCAUUUGUGAUGCCUGAUGGGAAGUCGUUAGUAACAAAGCUGCUGCUGAAAUACCCACCAGAAGUAGACGUCAACCAACUUCACAAAAUACUAAAAGCGCAUUGGAAAGCUUAUUUGUUGGAAAAGCCUUCCCUUGAACUUUGCAAGAGCCUAAUCAUGCUGAGAGACAUCAACAUCAGUGGAAGGGUGAAUAAACUGGACAUUCCCAUCCUGAUGCACAUGCUUCACUUCUGGAGGAUAGCUUUUGAAAAGUUUGAACGUUGCGGAAGUAAGACAUCCAGCUAUAACUUGAGAGCACUUCUUUGGGAGGCCGGGAGUACAGUUUCGAACAAGGUUCUCGAGUGCCUUGUCCUCCGCUUUGCCAGGAAUACCGUUCUGUCAGCAGAAUGCUUCGUUAUGGCAAUGGCGCGGCUUCAUCUAGCACAUGAAAGAUACCACAGCUUGGACACCAAAAUGAAAGGAAAUCCAAUAUCAUUGGAAGAGGUAAUUUGUCACUUACCUAGAAUUUACUAA